AUGAACCAAGUUCCUAAUCAGCCUCAAGGUUAUCAGCAACAACGCCAGCAUCAUCGGAACGAGAGGGAAUCCAUUUCUGAAACCAUUCAGCAAUCCUCGAUUGAAAACAGCACAACCCAACAUUACCGACCGCCGGCAGUGACUCAGCAUUCUUUUCUCACUUCUUCUCCCUCAAUGAACUCUACCAUACCGUCACAUUCGUGUCAUAGCAACGGAGGCCGUCGCCCGCUAUCUCCGCAGCCAAAACCUAUCUCUUAUGUUACAAAUCCUUCGGAUGGUUCCAUUCUCUUGGAUCACAAUAACAAUCCAGUCACUGUCGACAAAAUAUUGGCUACAAAACCGCUCAAGCAAGAAUUGAGUACACGACCGGGUCCAGGGAACAGACAGCUGACAUAUAUAUCUGGAGAUGGGAUCUCCAGAACCCUCAAUGACAUUUUUGGAUUUGAUGGAUGGAACUUGGACAUUGUCAAGGUGGAGCGGGUGGAAAGUUUGCAAAAUCAGGGGAAGUAUACUGCUAUUUACACAGCGCAUGUGCGAUUGACGCACAAGGCAUCGGGGACUUACAAGGAAGACGUGGGCAUGGGGGAUUCCACGGAUCGUUCCUUUGCUACUGCAGUUGGACAUGCCAUCAAGGCCAGUAUUACGGAUGCCAUGAAGCGGGCUGCCCGACACUUUGGAGACAAGCUGGGCAAUUCAUUGUACGAAAGUUCCUUUUCGAUCAAGAAUGCUCCCAAAACCUUGAAGGAUGCUCUUGAUAGGCAUGAUAUUGAACGAUGCAAAGCAAAAUUUGGCUUUCCAAAGGAUCGAAAACCUCAGCAGCCAAAUACUGGUGCAACAAGUGCCAACAACACUGCGGCUACGACAGUGACUACUGCAAACACCGCCACCAACAAUGGCAGUGGGCCCAUUAGGAAUAGCAUGGGUUGCGAAAACAAGAACACCACCAUGAAUCCAAAAGCAACAACAGCGAAUCAAUACCAGGCACCUCCUAAUCAAGGAAAUCGAGUUCCACUAUCGAAUUUGUCGGUCAAUGAGAAGCCAAUACCUGCUCCACAGCACCGGCACCAGCAGGGUAACCAAGUCAAAGCCAAUUUCGCCUUUACUUCCAUGCCCACUUCGAAUCAAAACCCGAACCCUGGCCACCAACAGGCUCGUCAGUCCGCACCAUCAGUGCCCGAGAAUGCGUAUCAACAGCCAAUCUCCGGUCCCACCCGACACGCUGUCCCGAAUGCAACUUUGAACAAUCCUACCAACCCCAAUAUCAAUCCAUACAACAACACGAAUGCAGCUCCACAUUCAAGAAAUACCUACAAUCGUGCAAAUAGCAACCGUGCUGUUCAGCCGGAACCAACUCCAAACGCAAAGCCAAAUGUAACGAACAUUCCCAUUGGCCCACCACCAACGUCUACGGAUGCAUUGAAGAACUCGAACCUCUUUUCUUAUCCUUCUCAGCCAAAUCAGCCCAUUAACAUAGCGAACACCGCUAUCAAUCCGAAUCCUGGAAGUGCUCCACCCUCACGCCGGGGAAGAUUUUCCAUGGACGGACAGCAUCCCAUUCAAGGGGCUCCCUUGGUCACCCCUGUCAGCAAUCAUGCCAAUUCCACCAAGCGACCAAAUGAUGUUGUAGAUCAAAGCAACAAAAGGCUCUGUCGUCCCAACAAUCCAUACGCCAGCAAUUGA